AUGGACAAGGAAUGGAUGUCUUCCAAUCAAUUAACGAAGGAAUACUUGAAUGGGGUGAAAGAGUUUAUUAAGUUUGCACUUGAGCACACAAAUGAUCAUACUAGUAUAGUGUGCCCUUGUGUAAAAUGUUGUCUGAUGAAGCGGAGUUAUAAGUGUUGGCACAAACAUGGAGAGACAAGAGAUGCGAGCCGGGGUUAUAGUAAGAGCUACUUGUCACAUGAUUUUGAUACAAGUACAUAUGAGGUUAAUGAGGAAGACCAACUUGAAGAGAUGGCCAGGGUAAUUGAAGAGGAAUUGAAGGAUUGUCCUGAAAUGCUUGAGAGAUUAAAAAGUAAUGCGGAAAAGCCUUUUUAUAGUGGUUAUACCGAGUUCACAUUAUUGUCAGGGGUGUUAAGUUUGUACAACUUGAAAGCGAGUAGCAGUUGGAGUGAUAAGAGCUUUAGUGAAUUGCUUGCACUUCUUAAAGUGAUGCUACCUAAAGUGAACGAGCUUCCUAUUAACACGUAUCAAGCAAAACAAAUGUUACUUGCUAUUGAUAAUGGGAAAAGUCCGGAGAAGGCAUUGUGGUAUUUUCCUAUCGUGCCUAGAUUUAGACGAUUGUAUAGUAGCAAAGAAGAUGCAAAAAAUUUAACGUGGCAUGCGGAUGAGAGGAUUAAAGAUGGAAAAUUGCAACAUCCUGCUAACUCUCUCCAAUGGGGAAGGAUUGAUCAUGAGUACCCUGAAUUUGGACAAGAAGCAAGGAACUUACGCCUUGCAUUAUGUACAGAUGGAAUGAAUCCACAUGGGCUCCAAAGUAGUACCUAUAGUACUUGGCCAGUGAUUUUGAUAAUUUACAAUCUGCCUCCAUGGUUAUGCAUGAAACGCAAAUAUAUGAUGCUAUCCAUGCUAAUUUUAGGGCCAAAACAACCCGAAAAUGACAUAGACAUGUAUUUAGCUCCUCUAGUUGAAGACUUCAAGUUAUUAUGGGAGAUAGGGGUUGAGGUGUAUGAUGGGUAUAGGGAAGAAAAAUUUAAUUUGAGAGCCUUGUUAUUUGGUACCAUAAAUGACUUUCCAGCGUACGGUAAUUUAUCGGGGUACAGUAUAAAGGGGAAACUUGGAUGUCCUAUUUGUGAAGAAAACACAUAUUCAAUUAGGUUGGAGCAUGGUAUGAAGAAUGCUUAUAUGGGGCAUCGCAGGUGGUUGCAUCCAAGUCAUAAUUAUCGACAAUUGAAGAAAUGUUUUAAUGGGAAUUCAGAAGAACGUGGCCCACCUUUAAUGUUGAUUGGUAACCAAUUAUUUGAAAAGGUUAAGGAUUUGUAUAUUGAAUUUGGGAAACCUUUCUCAAAGCACCUUGGGACAAGUAGGUGGAAGUAA